GCGAUAUCGGAUUCUUCCUUUUCAAUUACCAUGGUUCGUGUGGCUAUUGCUGGCGGCACUGGGAAUGUGUCCAAGGAACUGGUGUACAUCUUAGGCCAGUCAGGACGGCACGAGAUUCAAGUCCUAACUCGCUCAAAACCCCCGGAACAGAACGUCAAGGGCGUCACUUUUGUGCAGGUGGACUACAACAACAAGAAGGACCUCGCCGAGAAAUUAAGCGGAGUCCACACCUUGCUCUGUUUCAUCUCGAGCAUUGACCUGCAAAAGGCUUUGAUUGAUACUUGUGUUGAGGUCGGGGUCAAGCGCUAUGCACCUAACGAAUGGGCUGCCCGAAGCUACAAUGGAUCCUUCGCAUACCAUGAGAAAGAUGAAGUGUAUGAGUAUUUGAAAAAGAUUAACCAAGAGACCAAGGUCCUUGAGUAUUGCCUUUUUCAGCCUGGCAUCUUUAUGAAUUACCUUAGCUCCCCUUUGCCCUCAACGACAUACCACCCCGUCUACACCGGCAUGUUUGACAUUCAGAACCGUCGCGCAUUGGUUCCAGAGCAAGGGGAUUACCGGAUUACUAUGACCACGAUCCAGGACCUAGCUCUUGUUAUCGAUGAAGCCUUGGCUUUUGAAGAAGCUUGGCCUGUGAUCGGUGGUAUUUCUGGAUCUACGACUACAAGUUCAGAAAUCAUCAAGGUGGCGGAAUCUAUUCGAGGACCCUUUGAAAUUAUAAAAGUUUCCCAGGCCAACCUCGAGGCGGGGAAACUUGGUGUUAGCUGGGAUACCAGGUUGAAAAAGCCCCCACACAUUGAUGUUGGCCAGGAUUGGGAAACGUUCACACACUAUGUCGUUGCCGAGAUUAUGCGAGGCGCCCUUAAGGGUACCUGGGAAGUUUCUGAUGAGUGGAAUAAACUUCUUCCUCAUGUGCACCUUACCACAAUAGAGGAGUUUCUAGUUAAAAUCUGGAAAGAUCGGUUGUAA